AUGAAUGAGUAUCCUAAAAAAAGAAAAAGGAAGACUUUACACCCUUCUCCUUAUUCAGAUUCCUCUGGAGUAAGCAGAGUUGCAGAUGGAUUCAAUGGAAUUUUUUCUGAUCAUUGUUACAGCAUCUGCUCCAUGAGACAGCCAGACUUAAAAUAUUUUCACAACAAAGAUGACGAUUCACAUACUGAGACAUCAAAUGACUUGCCAAUAUUUGCAGAUGGAAUCAAGGCCAGAAACAGAUUUCAGAACUACCUGGUUCCUGGUCCUAUGCUUAGAAUCCUAGACCACACAGCCUUUCCUGCAGAAAAAUCUGAUAUAGAAAUUUGUGAUGAAGAAUGUGACUCACCUGAAUCAUUCCACCAGCAAACCCAAGAGGAGAGUCCUGUUGUAGAAGUUCACUCUACAGAAGAGGUUCCUGUUGCUGUAGAAGUGCAUGCAAUAUCUGAGGAUUAUGACAUAGAGACAGAAAACAAUUCCUCUGAAAGCCUCCCAGAUCAAAUUGAUGAAGAACCACCGGCAAAACUCUGUAAAGUUAUUGACAAAAGCCAGGCUUUGAAUGUGACUGCCCAGCAGAAAUGGCCUUUAAUAAGAGCUAAUAGCAGUGGUCUCUAUAAAUGUGAACUUUGUGAUUUCAACAGUAAAUAUUUUUCUGAUUUAAAACAGCAUCUGAUCCUGAAGCAUAAACGUACUGAUUCAAAUGUAUUUCGAAUAUGCAAGGAAAGUUUCUCUAUGAACAUACUUCUGAUCAAGUAUGCCAAACGACACGAGGAUCCCUAUAUUUGUAAAUACUGUGACUAUAAGACGGUGAUUUUUGAGAACCUCAGCCAGCACAUUGCAGACAUCUACUUUAGUGAUCACCUGUACUGGUGUGAGCAGUGUGACGUGCAGUUCUCCUCAAGCAGUGAGCUCUACAUGCACUUCCAGGAACACAGCUGUGAUGAACAGUACUUGUGUCAGUUCUGUGAACAUGAAACUAAUGAUCCAGAAGACUUGCAUAGCCGUAUGGUAAAUGAACGUGCAUGUAAAUUAAUAGAACUAAGUGAUAAGUGUAACAGUGGAGAACAUGGACAGUACAGCCUUUUAAGCAAAAUUACCUUUGUCAAAUGUAAAAACUUCUUUCUUCACACAAAUGUUAACAGGCAUGUUGCUAUUGAGCAUAUUAAAACAUAUCCUCAUGUUUGUGAUGACUGUGGCAAAGGAUUUUCAAGUAUGCUAGAAUACUGCAAGCAUUUAAAUUCACAUUUAUCUGAAGGGAUUUAUUUAUGUCAAUACUGUGAAUAUUCAACAGGACAAAUUGAAGAUCUUAAAAUUCAUCUAGAUUUCAAGCAUUCAGCUGAGUUCCUGCAUAAAUGUAGUGACUGCUUGACAAGAUUUGGAAAUGAAAGGGAAUUAAUCAGUCACCUUCCAGUCCAUGAGACAACUUGACUGUUCACUUUACAUAAUGUUUAAAAUGAUAAAUUCAAGAUUUUUUAAUGUUAUGAUGAAUUACUUUAAACACAAUUUAAGAUAUUUACCUUCAAGUAAGUUUUUAAAAUUUUUCUUGGAAUUGCUAAAUUUUCAGUAUAUAAUGAUUCCUUAAUUGUGGUGUUUUCAGUUACACAGUAAUUCAUAGUUGUCCUUCCUUUUGGUGACAUACCCAGUUUCUUCACAUGUGCUCAAAUUUCAUGAAUUGAAAAGAAACAAAUGUACUGAAGAAAUGACUGUUUGCUUUCCUUAACCAU